GCCAAAAAAACUAUUCACUAUUGUCGAAUGUCGACUGUCGAAAUGCAGGCACCACACUUCUAAUUUAAAUAUGAAUAAUUUUAAACCCAAUUUGAUGCUGCAACCUGCAUCAAUUUAAAAGUGCUAAUAAAAUGUGUGUUUAGGAAAUACAAAGUAUCUUCGAAUGAAGAUCUUCCGUGAAAUCUAAAAACAGACUGGCUAUGUGGACUUAGAAGGAAAAAGUGCAAUGGAAUAAAUGAAAGAAUUAUCUUUGUAAGGUGUUUCAAAUAGUUAAAUAAACAAAGUGGAUAUAAUAGAAGCAGAUUGCCGUUCUUAAAGGAUUAUUAUUUAAGAUGGCAUGGAUUAUACCUCUCAAUAAUUAGAAACCUGUUUGGAAUGUGUAUUCUAUUAAAUACUCUUAGCAUCACAAUAUGCAUAUAUAUUAUGGGCUUUACAUAAAUCUGUUACUCCUUCCAAUUUGACCAAUAGAAUAGGGGAUGAUUAUAUAAACCAAGCAUAUUGUUUAAUAAUCUGAUCACGCAGAAAACAUCACAAUGGAGCCAUCAUGCUCGUACUCUGAAUGUGAUAUAUUUAAAGGAAGCAAAAAUUCCUUUGAAAACAAUGUGGAAGAUAAGAUUGAUGCCAAUAUUGUAAAGCCUGCAGAAAUACCAACUGAAAACAAUGAUGACCAACAAAUUGAAGACCUUGAAAGAGAUGACUUCGAAGAAGAAAACAGAAUUCUUAAACAUUGCUCUAAUAUGGUAGUAGAUGAAGACGACGCUUCUACGGCACAAUAUUCUCGGCCUGUAAGUAGCGUCGACCCUGAUUUAUUAAAAAUAGCCAGUGCAGAAACAAUUGCAAGGUUACAACAUUUCAUGUCUGAUGAUUUUGGCCUUCCUGGCUGUGGCCGAGAAGCAAACAAAGUUAUAGGCAGCAAAUUAAAAGAAAUGAUACAUGAUAAAGCAGGGUUGUUUGUACAGGGAACAUCUAUGUCGAAAGAAGAUUUUAUGCAAAAACUAAUUAAUAGUGGAAAGCCAGAAAAGAAAGAUUUUCCGAAGGGAAAAUUGUAUAAGGCGGAAUUGGAAGAAAAUGCAAAUGAUAGCAACAUGGAAAUUGAUGCAGUUAGUGGGCCAUCGGGUAGAUCUAAUUCUAAUGCUUCAAGUAUUGCAAGCACUAGCUCAGAUAGUAAGGAUUUCACAGUGCCUUCGACUUCAAAUGCCGAAAAGCUUUUGGGGCUUUGUGAUGCUACCAAAAACGGAGAGAGAAGUUCCCAAGUCUCGAGUUACGCAUAUUGCGAUCCUGAUGAUGAUUCUGAUGAGGAUGAUGUGGAGGAGACUUGGUGUACCUGUCUUUCAUCACCUGAGGAUGAAGAAGAUGAUGACGAACCAGAACCCGAGGAAAGAUUUUGGAGAAAAAGACGCUACGAGCCACCGCAGCCCCAGUCUGCAAAAAGAUUUCGUCCUGAUGGUACUAUGGUCCCAUACACCGGCGAAUGGAAUAAUUCUUGCCUGGGACUUCAAUCAUUGCAGCAUAAUAUAAAUCAAGCUUCGCCCGAUUUGACCCAGUGGCUAAACAGAUUCCAGUCCUGGACGAAUGUUGAGAAGAUUCAAGCUAUCGACGCUCUCAUAGGCCGCUGCACUGCAGGCCACGUGCGCCACAUGAUGAAGGCUAUAGAACCUCUUUUCCAACGGGACUUCAUAUCGCUUCUGCCCAAAGAGUUGGCACUUACAGUGCUCGGAUACCUGUCGCCCAAGGACCUCUUACGAGCUGCACAAACCUGUCGAUAUUGGAGAUUCCUCGCUGACGACAAUCUUCUGUGGAAGGAACAAUGCCGCCGCAUAAGUUUGACAACACUAAAAAAGCGGCUUCGCUCUAUGCCCCGUUGCGCAAGUCCAUGGAAAGCCGCCUACAUGCGUCAAUCCCUUAUUCAAGACAAUUGGCUCCACAAGCCCGUAGACAACCCCAUAGUGAUGCGUGGCCAUGAUGAUCACGUGAUAACUUGUCUACAGUUCUAUGGAAAUCGCAUACUCAGUGGCAGUGAUGAUACAACACUCAAAGUAUGGUCCGCUAUUACAGGGAAGUGUCUGCGCACAUUGGUCGGCCAUUCUGGUGGCGUGUGGUCAUCGCAAAUGAUCGGCGAUCUUGUGAUAAGCGGUUCCACUGAUCGUACUCUGCGUGUAUGGAAUGCGAAGACAGGCCGUUGCCUCAAAGUGUUAGCCGGACAUACUUCGACUGUUCGGUGCAUGCACUUGCAUCAAAAUAGAGUGGUGUCAGGAUCACGUGAUGCAACUCUACGCGUAUGGUCGAUUAGCAAGGGCUGUUGUCUUCGCGUACUCGUUGGUCACUUAGCGGCGGUGCGUUGUGUCCAAUAUGACGGUAAAGUGGUUGUGUCGGGCGCAUAUGACUACUUCGUGAAAGUAUGGAAUCCAGAGACAGGGGAAUGCCUGCACACAUUGGCGGGACAUACCAAUAGGGUUUAUAGCUUGCAGUUUGAUGGUGUGCACGUUGUAAGUGGUUCUUUGGAUACGUCGAUCCGCGUAUGGGACGUUGAGUCUGGUCAGCUGAAGCAUACACUCACCGGCCAUCAGUCCCUGACUUCGGGCAUGGAACUUAACUCAAAUAUUCUCGUUUCGGGCAAUGCUGACUCGACUGUUAAAGUGUGGGAUAUCACCACUGGACAUUGUCUUCACACUUUAUCAGGUCCAAACAAACACCAAUCGGCGGUCACCUGCCUCCAAUCCAGUAACCGUUUCGUGAUAACAUCGUCCGACGACGGCACCGUGAAGUUAUGGGACGUGCGUACUGGUGAGUUUAUAAGGAACCUAGUCGAACUCGGCUCCGGCGGUUCUGGCGGAGUCGUAUGGCGUAUUCGGGCUUCAGCGACUAAACUCAUUUGUGCUGUCGGGUCCCGAAAUGGCACCGAAGAGACCAAACUAUUGGUCCUCGACUUUGACGUUCCUGGGGCUUGUAGGAAGUGUGAUGAAUAGCAUAGACUAAAUCGGCGCCUUAUGCGCCGACAUGCCAAUCUCUAUGCGCCUUGGCAGUGUUAGACUGGCGUGGGAAAGGGAGGCAUAAAUUCUGUAAUGUGUUGACAUUUGACAAUUGACCAGACAUUUGUGUGUCAUAAGAAUACUCAAUUUAUGAUAAUAUUACCGUACGCGGCAUGUUUUGACAUGUUGCCUCCAACCACAUCUAAAAUGUAAUGAUAAUAUGCAAAGAAUUAUGUUGAUUUGAUUUUAUUUAUCUUAGUGUUUGUCAAUCGGAUCAUAUUUUGACAAUGAUUUUAAUGUAAUUUACCUUCUGUGUAGGUGACUAGAUUUUUUAAAUAAUAUUAUGUGUAUGUAAUAUUUUAAGUUUUUGAUUGACGAUGGUAUGUUAGAAUAAUUAAUCGUUUUAUUUGGACCACGCACUAUUUUCUUAGGUUAUAGGGAUGACAUUUUAAUUUAAUUUAACGUUUUAUCAAUUUAAUUAUUAUAUCUUAAAGGAUAUCAAUUCGAUUUUGGUGCAAUGUUCACAAGCAAAAUAAUUUCAUAUUUUUUAAUAAUUUUGAUCCUGUUAUAGGAGGCAAAUAAUCUCGAUUCAAGUCAAAUUGAAUUGUGUACCAUUUUAAUGCAGUGCCUACACAGCCAUACCGUCUGGUAUAGGCAAGCAGUUGUUUGCCGUAAUUUUACGAUAUACCAAUAUUAUACCAUUUAUGUAAACUGUAGUUGUUAGAUUUGAUCUUGAAUAGGUAAAUAAUGAUGGCUGCCAUUAUGCAUUGCCAAAUUAUUGCACUAAACGGUAUGCUUCAUUAUCCCAAAGAGUAAGGUGAAGUUGGAUUGCUGUAGGGUUUCUUAUUUAGCGUCUGUUCUGUUUUAAGACAAUUAUUUAUAUAUUAACAUUAAUUAAUACUGACAUUUUGAGGAUAUUCGUGUUAUAGGAUUCAAUUUCAGUUAACAGUAGAAACCCUACAUGUUAGUAAUAGUGUAGAUAGUGGGCGGACUACGGAGUGUGCCAUUGCUUUGUUUUUAAAAUUGCCUAUUUUAGAGUUUUUACGUAUUUGGCCCAUUUGUAUGCGUUUCUCGAUUUUUCUUUUAUUUGGACAACAGUAUCUAAAUAUGUAUGAGAGGAGAGAUGUUAUUGAGAGGUCAUGCCUAAGUGGAAGUUGUUACU